AUGGAAAAGCUUGCCGAAGAAGGACUAAGAUUCACAGAUUUCCAUACUGCAUCUGCAUGUUCUCCCACCAGAUCGAUGCUUCUAUCUGGAACCGAUAACCAUAUAGCUGGUCUAGGUCAAAUGGCUGAAUUUGCUAGAAAUUUUCCACAGGCUUUCAAAGGUAAACCGGGAUAUGAGGGAUCCUUAAACUAUAAGGUGGCAGCUUUAUCGGAGAUUCUUCAUGACUCUGGAUACUUCACCUUUCUUUCAGGAAAAUGGCAUCUUGGCCUUCUACCAAAGUACUGGCCUUCUGCAAGAGGCUUUGAGAAAAGCUUUACGUUGUUACCAGGAGCAGGAAACCACUAUAAGUAUUUCCCUAGGGACGAAAAGACAGGCGAGUUUUCAAAUUUUAUGGCUCCAUUGUUUGAAGAGGAUGGCCAUAAGAUAGAUCCAUCAGGACUUCCGGAUGAUUAUUACAGUUCCGAUUACUUCACUGAUAAGUUUUUGGAAAAGCUAAAUGAUAAAGUAAGGAAUGAUCGACCAUUUUUGGGAUUGCUUACAUUUACAGCACCUCAUUGGCCAUACCAGGCACCUCCAGAAUUAAUUGAGAAGUAUGCAGGCGUCUAUGAUAACGGACCACGGAUUCUAAGGUCUUCAAGAAUUGCGAAUGCCACCAAACGUGGAAUUAUACCAGACGGCAUAGAACCACACUCAGUCUGGACCCAAAGACAGGACUCCUGGGAGAACUUACCAGAAAAGGAAAAGAAAACUCAAAGUAAAAUAAUGGAGAUUUAUGCUGCAAUGGUCGAUAGAAUGGAUUAUAACAUUGGCAGGGUAAUCACGGAGUUGAAGAAGAAAGACGAAUACGAUAACACAUUUAUUCUUUUCAUGUCCGAUAAUGGCGCAGAAGGUAUGCUGAUGGAGGCCAUGCCAUUAAAAAGCCAGAAUUUCAGUGAUGCCUUGAAGAAAUAUUACAACAAUAGCUUCAAAAAUCUAGGUAAGAAGGAUUCAUUUGUAUGGUAUUCAGAUGAAUGGGCACAAGCUGCCACGGCUCCUUCUUACAUGUACAAGAUGUGGGCUAGUGAAGGAGGAAUUAGAUGCCCUUUGGUGGUUCACUACCCGGCUUUAAUCAAAAAACCUGACAUUAAACAUGAAUUUGUUACUGUUAUGGAUAUCUUACCAACUAUUUUGGACAUCGCAGGUGUUUGUCAUCCAGAAUCUCCGUAUCAUGGAAGGGAAAUAGUCGAAGUAAGAGGAAAAUCAUGGCUACCUUUUCUAAUCGGGAAGUCUAACCAAGUUCACUCCGAAGACACUGUAACCGGAUGGGAGUUGUUCUCUCAACUAGCAAUUAGAAAGGGUCAACUGAAAGCUCUAUUCAUUCCUAAACCUUACGGUCCAGGAGUAUGGCAGCUAUUCGACCUUUCUAAGGAUCCAGCUGAAAUGCACGAUCUUUCUCAGUCCCGUCCAGAAAAACUGAAUGAGUUAAUUAACCACUGGGCAGAAUAUGUUGCAGAAACAGGAUUAGUCGAGACGAACAUUUCGGAAUUUGAUAUGACAAAGGAGAUGGGAGUGAUUUAUACAAAGAAGAAGUUGUACGACUAA